CAGAAAUCGCUUGCAAAUGGCGCCAAAGAAAGGCGGCGGCUCCAAUAAACCGCGUGGGAACGCGACUGAGGAGGUAGAGGAGACGUUGCAGGCUGUUGUACUUGCGGAUACGUUUGAGACCAGAUUCGAGCCUUUUACUCUUGAUAAGCCUCGGUGUCUUCUGCCGGUUGCGAACACUCCAUUGAUUGAAUAUACAUUUGAGUUCCUGGCCAAUGCCGGUGUUGAGGAGGUCUUUUUGUAUGGAGGGGCGCACUCGGAUCAGUUGGAGGGUUAUAUUAACGCUUCCAAAUGGAGAGCGCCCUCUUCGCCAUUCAAGCAGUUCACCUUCCUCAAAUCCACAUCAACCUCGGUUGGAGAUGUCAUGCGAGACCUCGACGGUAAACACUUGAUUACUGGCGAUUUCCUCGUCGUGAGCGGCGACGUUGUCAGCAACCUACCGAUCGAAGGCGCCUUAGCGAAACACCGUGAACGCCGCCAAGCAGACAAGAAUGCGAUCAUGACAAUGAUACUGCGCGAAGCUGGCAGAAAUCAUCGAACAAAGGCCUCGUCAGUAUCGCCUGUUUUUGUGGUAGACCCGACCAAAGACCGCUGUUUGCAUUACGAGGAGAUUGAUCACCACUCUCCUGAAUCUUCUCGCCUGACUAUUGACGCUGAGCUUAUCACCACGUUCCCUGAAAUUGAUAUUCGGCAAGACCUGAUUGACUGUAACAUUGACAUCUGCACCCCAGACGUUUUGAGCUUGUGGUCCGACAGCUUCGAUUACCAGACGCCGCGAAAGCAAUUCCUCUACGGUGUUCUGAAAGAUUAUGAGCUGAACGGAAAGACCAUUCACACACAUAUCAUUGAGGACCAUUACGUUGCCCGGGUUAGAAACCUGAAGGCGUAUGAUGCUGUUAGCAAGGAUAUCAUAUCUCGGUGGGCCUAUCCUUUGUGUCCCGACACCAACUUACUUCCUGGCCACAACUACGAGCUUCGGAAGGGUACUCUUUACCAAGAACAUGACGUGACGCUGGCCCGUUCGUGCGUUGUGGGCCGACGAACAGUCAUUGGGCAAGGAACCAGCAUUGCCGACAGGUCGACGGUGAAGGACACGGUACUUGGCCGAAAUUGUAAGGUCGGAAAAGACGUCACUCUAGAGGGGGCAUACGUCUGGGACAAUGCAGUCAUUGGGGAUGGAACAACCAUUCGCCAUGCAAUCAUUGCGGAUGAUGUCGUGAUCGGAAAGAACUGUACCAUCGAACAAGGGGUCCUCGUUUCUUUCGGGGUAAAAAUUGCGGACAAUGUACUCGUCAACGAGGGCAGGCGGAUAACAAAUGCCACGCGAGAGGAAGAUGACAACCCGCCGGUCAGCGAUCCAAAAAUUGUAGGCGAAGGGGGUGAGGGUUACGAAUAUGUGCCAUACGAUGAAGAUGACGAUGACGAUGAAAUAGCCAGCAACGCGUCGUCAGGAUUGAUUUACAAUAUGGCGAAACUCUCACUGUCUACUGACUCUAUCUCGACACUAUCCUCAGAGAUUUCAGAUUACGGCGGCUCCCGUUCUGGAAGCUUUGCAACUUCCGUGUCUGACGAUGAAGACCAGGAUUCACAUUUCGUCCAAGACGCUGCAGCUAGUGUUUUCGACAGUUUACGAGACGGCGUCACAUCUGAUGUCGUGCAAUUGGAACUGGUUAGUCUUCGCAUGACGGCCAACGCAUCCGAUCACGAAGUUCGACGAGCCGUCACUUCAGCCUUUAUGAAGCGUGUGGCGCAGUUGAUGGAAGGUGGACAGGGAGCAAGGGACGCCGUCCACGAUAUCUUCAGCAAGUAUCACGAAAUCAUUGAGCGUGCACUGUUUGACCGCGACACCGACGCGAAGCCUGAUCAGGUGGACCUUCUGAUUCAGUUCCAGCAAGAUCUCGUCCACCGUCCCCGGGGUGAGACGGUGCUUCUGUUCCUGGCCAAGGAGCUGUAUGAGUUGGAAGUUGUCGAAGAGGAGGCCUUAGAGCAAUGGUGGGCAGACGAGCGGUCGACCAGUACCGAAGAGAUGCGCAAAGUCCGAGCUCAGACGCAACAGUUCAUUGACUGGCUUGCAGAAGCUGAGGAAGAGGAGAGCAGUGAGGAGGAAGAAGACGAAGAAAGUGAUGACGAAUGAGUUUGAGAUAUUGUGCUCGGUUAAAAUAGAAUACAAUAUAAAAAGCCUGCGACA